AUUACCAACUACCUUUUCUUCGGACCAGUUGGAUUUCAUUUUUUAUUUAAUAUGAUAUUUUUAUACCGCUACUGCCGAAUGCUUGAGGAAGGAUCAUUUCAAGGUUGGACGGCAGACUUCGUAUUUAUGUUCUUUUUCAGUUGUCUGUUAAUUACUAUAUUUGGCUUGUUUAUCAACUUGGUUUUCUUAGGACAAGCAUUUACAAUAAUGAUGGUGUACAUCUGGAGUUGCUGGAAUCCUUUUGUCUGCAUGAAUUUCUUUGGGCUUCUCAUCUUCCAGGCCCCAUUUCUUCCAUGGAUUCUCAUGGGGUUUUCACUGUUAUUGGGCAACUCGAUUAUCGUGGACCUCCUGGGUAUUGCUGUUGGCCAUAUAUAUUUCUCCUUAGAAGAUGUUUUCCCCAAUCAGCCUGGCGGAGAAAGGCUGCUUAAAACACCAUCUAUUCUGAAAGUAAUAUUUGAUUCACCAGAAGAUGACCCCAAUUACAACCCUCUGCCUGAAGAAUGGGCAGGAGGCUUUGCCUGGGGUGAAGGUCAGCGCCGUGGAGGAGGUGGUUUAAAUAAUCUCAAUCUGGUAUUCAAUCUGUAG